UUGCAACCGUAACACCGUCAUUAAGAUUUGAAAUUAUCGCUUGAAACGAGACGAAAGGACGGCGGAGAGGAGAGGAUAUUCCGGGAGUCAUGCUGGCUGAAGGUUUUCUCAGAUUAAUGUGCUACAGGGAGGAGAGAAAGUUCCACAUGGCUUCCAAAAGGAAAGGAUAUCAGACGAGCACGCGAUGUGCCGACCCGCUCAGCUGUUCUGUCCCUCAGCCGAACUUUGUCAACCCACAGAGACAUUUGACCGAAGAAGAGUCAAACCAGGAAGAGCUGGACCCCAACAAACCCCAGGGACUGAGAGUGGCGUCCGAGCUUCCAGGCCUCCUGAUUCCUGGGUGUUCACCGGCAGCCGCCCUCCCACCCAUUUGCGUCGAAGACUGCAGCCUCCUGGAGCACUACCCAGACCUGCAGGUGGCCGACUCGGGCCGCAUCUCACACCACCUCCCCAGAACCGUGGCCAACCAAGAGGACUUUCACUUUCAGCCUAAUGAGGCGGGCCUUCAGACGGAGGCCAAACAGGAGUCCAUGCCAGACCAGGGCUACCUGGUGAUGGGGCCGAGCGAAAACAGCUUGGAUCUGUCCGGCUUGGAGCCCAUGUCCAACUCUUUGUUGAAUGGGCUGCUGGAGAAACAGCUGGAGGAGGUUUACAUGCAACACCUGACCGACAACUUGGCCCGAUGCGACUCCCACUUCGGGAACAGCCUCCUGCACGGCCUGGUGCCGCCGCCGCAGCCCGGCUGCCAGUCGCACGGGCCGUACUCACUGGAGGCCAGUCUGGCGGACGGAUCCGGGGGGGACAGUGGCGAUAAAGUUAGUUAUCUCAACACCCACAACUUAGCGCCCUGCUCAUCUACCUUCAGCUCUCCUAUGCUGAGGAUUUCAGAGGUGGACAAUCCUCAGCUUCAAGGGAACAAUCCAUCCAAGUAAUAAAAAUCACAAUACACAAUUUCUUUUUAAUAUCUGUGCCUGACAUUCAAUUUUUUAAACCUCUACGCCACAUGUAAAAGGAUUGGAUCAGUGUGUUUUAUGAGGCAAAGCCUUUUUCUUGCCCACUGGAUCAGAGCAACUUCCACACGCCAUCUGCUGUUUGAUUCUGGUAUUACGUGAACUGACAAGACAUUGAAUAAAAUGAAUCUCACAGGCAUUGCUAAAUUAAAUUAGGA